AUGUCUGCGAAGCGUGCUCGACCUGCUGGUGGCUUACAAUCUCCAGAGAAGAAAAAGCAGGCUGAGGAGCAUAUUACAAAAACUGUUUCGGAAUUUUAUGAAAAAGAAGAUCGUGAAGCUUUAUUGAUGACCAUGGCAUCAAUUGAAGGAUCCUUCCUAGAAUAUUCACAAGCGCUCAGACAAAAACUUAUUGACUCAUGUUGUGGUUCAGUUAAGCCACCGGAAGCAUCAGGUUUCGAAGAGUCGUUGCUUUCACUAUUCAUAUCAUUGCGGCGAUUGAAUCGUUUGGCUCAGUACCGAAAUCGACAAAUUCGUGACCGAGUAAAUCGAGAGCGUGCUGUCGUCGAAGAACGGUUUCUGCAGUUGCAAAACGUCAGAAGUGAAAUUGAGCACUUGCAGAAAGAGAUUGAUCGAUGUUAUGACUUUAGAUCAGCUGAUGAGGAUAUUGAAAUGGUGUCAUUAGAAGAAUUCUAUGCAAAUGCACCGGCAAGUAUCUCGCAGGAGGAAAUCACUCGCAAGGAUCAACAUCGACAACAUCUGGCUCGACUGAACUGGGAGAUGGAGGAGCGAAAGAAUUUGGUUGGAACUUUGCAAGAACGAGAAGGACGAAAAAACGUACUUAUCACUGACAUUACAACGAAAGAACACCGAUUAAAGUCGUUGAAACCACGUAUUGAAGCCGUGAUUGAGGCAGCAAGACCGGUACAAGAGCUGAUGGGACUGACAUGCAAUUCCAUUAAUUUUGAGAAGGAGCGUGUAUUGUCCCUACUACCUCAGGAGCUUUCUGUAAUUGCCAUACAGGUUGAGGCUUACUGUGAUAUUGUUAAAGAAGCAGGAAUAAUACUAAAAUGCAAGGGUGAUUACGAAAGUGCUGUGAAAUUUCUAGAAAAUCGACAACGUGCGUUCGAAAUUAUUGAAAACAUUGAUAAUGAAGAUAUCCAGGAUGAGGUGGACGGAAAACACUCACCAUCAACACGUCAUGACAAACGGAGGCAUAUGUCCAUGAAAGAAUUAAUUGCUGAACAAAGGGAUGCUGUUAUUGCUCCUCAUCCGAUUCACAUUGAGGUGGAAAUCGUUUGUCAAGACGAUAUUUUUGUAACCCUUGUGCUGCAAUUUAUUCCGGGUUUGCGCUCAGUUGGAGUGAUAACAAAGCUGAAUCGAGUACCUACAUCAAUUUAUGGGAAUGCAUUCUUCGAUUUAUCUCUUCUUUCUGAGUUAUUUGAUGGCGAUGAUGGAAGUAAAUGUGUCAACAGUGUGGGACAAGCCAAACUGGAUCAGUUAAAGAUUUCUGUGGCUGAUUUGGAACCUAAUAUUGGUCGGUUUUAUUCAUUUGCUCAGAAAAUGGCGGGUAUUAUCGAUGAUGUUCCGUCGAAAAAUUCUCAGUUAUGUGAAAUUAUACAUUCUGUGGUUGAAAAAAUCAGGUCACGUAUACAUUCAAGAUGCGUUCUGGCUCGAAUUGCUCAUUCACUGCAUAAUUUGAAAGUAUUCGAUGAUUUAAAAAACCGAAAUGAUUUCCCGGACAAUGUUUGUGCAAAACUGACCAGUUUUAGGAUGAUUACAGCUGAGCAGUUCUUCGAAUAUGAAGCUGCAACAGAGGAGUACCGGAAGCUGAUAGAAUCUGAACGACGAACAAAUAUUGACAAGCAGUUUUACUUCUCUGCAACAGUUGAAAGAGAUCCAGGAGCUAAGCUUCAUGCUUUAAUAUUUAUUGAUAUCAAGUACCCGGAAGUAAAACCAAUUUAUAUCCUGACUUUUACGUUGGAUAACGCGGAAAUUUCUCCAUCAUUCAAUAACAGUCUUAUUCACAUGGAGCGAGUUUUGAAUGUGGAUUUUGCGGCCUAUGUAGCAUGUGACGACCCAAAUAAUAUCCUGGAGGCACAGAUGGCAUUCUUGGUUUCGCGUUUCGAUAUCCUUCUUGAGUCAAGUUGUGCUGCCGAUAAUUCUGGGCUGUUCACCCUCUUAUUUAUGCAUACUUAUCGAGUCGUACCUCGAGAAUCUGAUCAAGGUAGUUUUCCACAAUCACCAAGCGUUGUGAUGAAUAUCAGAAAGCUGGAUAUCCUGGGAGGGAGAAGAAGAGUAGAUGAUUCUUCAGUUUUUGGAUUUCUGGAGUUCGAGAAGGUGCGAAUUAUUUCUGCUGCUUAUUAA